GCGCCCGAGAUGCGGGCAACCCUAUAAGCGGGCGGAGCGGCGUGCGGGUGAAGAAACGUCACUCAAAAUCUCAACCGGCUGCCGAUGCAUACGCGCACCGUAUAAUUUGUCUUUUUGCAACUUUGUUAAUUCCAAAAUAAACCAUUACAACCAAGCAACUGUGUUUGGCCUAAACAAAUGGUCCAUCGAGCCUCAACAAUCAACAACGAAAAUACAGUCCACUCAUUUAAUACGUUUGGAGCGAACGAAGUGCAGCAAAUUAUCGCGACAUCGGCUCAACGGCCGCCGGAGUCAAACUUCAGACAUCAAGACAAAGGAAGUACCGUGUGGACAGGGGAAGAUAAAGUGGAGAUUGAGGUGUGUUCCGACAAGCCAGAGGACGAAUACGAGGAACGUUCAAAAUUCGAAGAGCGUUAUUACGCGCUGAUGGCGCAAGCGCGCAAUCUGCUGUGCAGAGAUGGUGCAGCAGAUGACGGCCGCUCUGUUGCAGGUUCGAUAUGCAAACAAGCAGCUAUGGUGAAAGUGAUUGACGACAACGGCAACAGCAUGGACGCACGGCUUCUACUCGAUAACGGCAGUACAGCAAAUUUUAUAACGCAGUCGCUUUGCAGUAAACUAAAAUUAUCUACACGUUCUGUAAGUUCUGAAAUUAAUGGCAUUAAUAAUCAAUCGUUAACUAGUACACAAGCUUGCAAUUUAACAAUCGAGUCCCAAUGUUGUAGGUAUAAAGCGAAUAUAGAAUGUUAUAUUUUACCGGAGAUAACUAAAAUACUCCCUUCUACUAUUAUAGACAUCAGUCAACUUUCGUUGCCCUCAGAUCUACAUCUAGCUGACCCUUCGUUCAACAUACCGUCAGUAAUCGACAUUCUCGUCGGGGCUGAAGUUUUCUGGGAUGUUAUAUGUACUAAAUCAAUUAACCUAGGCAAAAACAAACCUAAGUUAGUUGAAUCAAAAUUAGGUUGGAUUGUUACAGGCCAACUACCAAUACAGACAACAUCAAAUUUUACUCAUUCUUGUAAUUUGUCGAUUAGAGAUCUUGACAACAAUUUGAAAAGGUUUUGGGAACUCGAUUCCGUCGCUUCGAGCCAUGCCCUGUCUAGUGAAGAACGAGCUUGUGAGGAAAGCUUUAACUUGAAUACUAUCCGUGACGAAGACGGUCGAUUUAUUGUAACGAUCCCAUUAAAAAAUAAUACUAAUGUCUUAGGUGAGUCAUAUGAAAUGGCGCAACGCCGUUUUUUAUCAUUGGAACGUCGAUUUCAACGUAAUCCUGUCUUCAAAGAACGAUAUAUAGCAUUUAUGCAGGAAUACGAACGUUUGGGUCAUAUGACUGAAAACAAUACGCGUAAUACUUCUGAAGCAGAGUCUAAUAUCGAAUACUUUUUGCCGCACCAUGGAGUCAUUAAUGAUGCUAGUACAACAACAAAAUUUCGUGUAGUUUUUGAUGCAUCUGCUCCAACCUCGUCCGGGCUAUCAUUCAACGACAUCCAAAUGGUAGGACCCACUAUACAAGACGAUCUUCUUUCGAUUUUGUUGCGUUUUCGGCAACAUAAGUAUGUCAUAUCCGCGGACAUUGAAAAAAUGUAUAGAGCUAUUAAUGUUACACCUAACCAACGCAGUUUACAACAAAUAAUUUUUAGGGAGAACAAUAAGUUACCUCUCAAAACUUACAAACUUAAUACGGUAACUUAUGGCACCGCGUCAGCUCCUUAUUUGGCCACAAAGUGUCUAAGCAGCCUAGCGUCAAGCGCGUCGAAUGAACAAACUAAACGGUCAAUUUUACAAGACUUCUAUGUGGACGACUACCUUAGUGGCGGCGACACCAUACCACAGGUAGUGCAAUUAAAUGCCUCGGAAAAGGUGUACGGGUCUUGUGUUUACGUGCGUUCGAUAGAUGAGCAAAAUCAAGUAAAGGUUAGAUUAUUAAUAUCUAAAAAUCGCGUAGCACCGAUCAAGCCUACAACUAUUCCACGCCAGGCGGGAUUCCCUCGGCAGGGGAGACCAGACGGCCAAGGGUCAGGGAGAAAGGGAAAGAAACCGGCGGACAAUUCGGGCGGUAUCGAGAAGCACCGCUUUCUGCAUUUGAGCUCGGAGCACACCGUCCCGGAGCCCCAGCCUCCUCAAGUAUCCAGAAAGGCUGACUGGAAUUAA